UUUCAAUCUGUUCGUUCUAAUUCUUUUCAUACUUCUUUUUUAAAAAUUCUUUUACGCUAAUCUUCAGUACAAUGCAGUCUCAUCCAUUGUUUGAUGGAGCAUUUCAAUGCCUAUUACCGACGAAUGUAGUUGAUGCCAGUGAUUUACGUCAAAUUCCUGAUAACCAAGAAGUAUUUGUUCAUCCGUCAACCUCUCAAAGUAUCACUAUAGAUAUUUUGGAAUAUGUGGAUGCUAGUAAUCAUGAAGAUGCAGCAAGAAUGCAUUUUAAUGAAAUCGGUGCAGCUAAUGAAGCUACAGAUUCAAACAUUUCUUCUCUAAGAACUGUGUCACUACAUAAUCCAGAUCCUUACUGUUCUUCUGUCGUUUUAUUAUCUGGACAGCAAAAAGUGUCCAAGUUUAAUCAAUCCAACGAAGAUGUUGUAUUCAUUUAUAUGGCUUUAUAUAGAUAUACACAAUUCCAAGCGGAUGUAUUAGUUAUUGUCAAUAAUCCUGAUGGUGAAGAUGGUAGUAUCAUUCAUUCACCUUCAUCAGGUCACGAUCAAGUUCAUUUCACGUCCCAAAAUAAUAACAAUAAUGAUACUAGCUAUUCUACAGAUUUAAUAUGGUCACAAGAUGAAAUAAACACAAUACUACCUUCUUUACGUCUAAUAAAUUCAAAUGUGUUUGCAUCAUAACAUUUGAUAAUUGUUUAGAUAAAAUGUUGGUAUAUGGUGUUUUUUCUAUUCAUAUAUAUAUUUGAAUGAAUAUUCUAUUUUAUAUCCUUAUACUGUUUAUAGUGCAUUUAAAAAAGUCCUCAACUAACAGAUUUUGUUCAUUUUUCUUGUAAUGUAUUUGUUUUGAAUCCAUUACACUUUUGUAAUGAAAAUUUGUGUUUACAAUUCAAUUAACAGAUACAUAUACACCAUGAAAUGGUAAAUAAACAUAGAUUCCAAUAAAUCUAUCCUAACCUACAUGAAGAACAUCUUUAUGAUCAUAAACAGACUAUUAAGGUCUUUAGGAAUAGGUGCACCUCAUAAAAUGUUUACUUUCAACAUUAUACAAGCCAAAAAAUACAACGACAAACAAACAUUAUCUACAAGCUAAAUUUCAGUAUUUGAGAAAAGAGUUACAUGUGAUAAAGUACUCACCAUAUCCUCAUGUAUAUACGUAAACAUUAAGUGAGUGUUAAACAUCGAGAUAUAGCCUCGCCUAUAGCAAUACAUGUGCACAAUUGUGGAGAUGAGUUAGAAUGACAAAUAUUGAACAGAUGAAACAUAAAAUACUGCAACUUCAAUCAACCAUCAAUCAGUGGGCAUAUUGAAAUCGGCCUGAUCAAUAAUUCAUGAAGGAAACGGAUAAAAUUUAACUCCAGAUCAUCGUGUAAACAACGGUUACACAGUAAUUGACAACAACUAAUCAAAUCCUUAGUCAACAAAACGAGCUGUUAGUCAAUUGUUUGAAAAUUCUAAUAUUAUAUUUUUUCGAGUGUGCUGAUUGUUUUUUCUAAAAAGAUCAUGAAACGACGAAUAAGUCAUCCAGUUCAGAGAAUACAUUACCUCUAAAAUCUUCAUUCUAAGGUAUCAGUAUUCCUCACUAUCUCAAUGUAGAUUUAUGUAAUUAAUCUUAACUCCCAAGUAAAAAUUUAAAACCUCUACUAAUAAUUCAAAACAAUCGCUAUGAUUGGGAAUCUUGGACUUGAUAAUUAUUCCAUAAUAUUGUGAUUAUUUCACUUAUCGUCUAUAAAGUCUUCAAUGUCCAAUUUGCUACAGAUAACAAACUCGCCAGGUUUUUAAUCAGUUAACGUGCUCCUCAUUAAAACUUGAUGUCUUAACUGAUUGUAAAAUAAAUCUAAGUUCAAAAGAAUUCUGUACUGUGAACAGUUUUACGAAAUUUCUCAUCUUCACAGACUCCUAGUGUUUUUUUAUUCAACUCAAAAAAUUUAAAUACGGAAAUAUAACCCUAGAGUGUAUUGAAUUUUAAAUGAGUGCCAAGAAAUAUAAAAUCACCAAAUAUAUAUACAUAUGUAAAACAUAUUGUUGAGUCGGCUUCCGGAGAACUUCAACGGAGCCUCUAGAGGCCCAAAAAGAGCCGAAGAGUCCUAGACGAUCAGAGCAUGAUGGAGCAUUCUAGAAGUUCAACGUGGCGUGCUACUAUAUGUCAGUAGCAUAAUAUGUCGUUAACGGAUUGGCCGAAAUAUGAUGUUGAUUUAACA